AUGUCGAAACUUCCGUCUUAUUCACCAGGAUCAAGUCCGUUAGCCUGGGAUGUGACAAGGAUGUGGUGCGCAGCUCUCAUUUUGCGGGUCCAAUUCAGGACUCAGAGCUCUAUCAAGACCUACAAAGAUGAGUGUCCCACGCGCGAGGUUGUUGGACCUCAUGAAGUCUUUGCGACAGUAUUUAACCCGGAGGGAGUGAGGACGGGCAACAAGAUCCUGCGCCAGCGAUUGAAGGGACCUGCUAUCGCCGACUACUACCCACGCAAGGUUGCGACCGUCAAGGAUGUGCAGAGGGAGUUUGGUCCUCAUGUCACAACUCUAGACUUGGAAGAGAUGGACCGCUUGGAACACAUUGCCGGACAGACUGAAGGCCAGAGGAAAGAGCGCGCCGAAAAAGAAGAAGACGAAGACCGAGCCCAAGAAGCGAUAGACGUCGACCACGAGAUCGAUUGUACGAUACGAUGUGCAUUCAUAGAGCGAUCCCCCGGAAUCUUGCGCGCCAGGACACUCUCCACAUAUAGAGAGCGGCGAGACUUGGGGCAGUACAGUCGCCGACCGAGGCAGCCCAUGUGGCUCUGUCACAGUAUGCGGAUGUCUAGGGACCCUCAGGCACAGGCACGGUAUGAAAAUACCGGGGAUCACGGCUUCAGCGGGUCAUGGGGAGGAUGUCCAUCAACAUGGAGGGCAGCCAGUGAACAACCCCGUCUGAUCUCUGCGCUGGAUCUGUGGAUCUUCGUCCUACUGCUCUUGGCAUAUCUGGACAAGCAAAGAAAUUUGGGCAAGGCAGCAGGGGCGGUAUGCUUUCUCUUCAAGUUGAAUGUCAUCUGGUGGUUAGACAACGCUAUGAAAGACUUGUACGGUACCUGCAUAAACAAGUUGAACUUCCUCGUCCAAAUCAGGAAGACCGUGCUAAAUCUCAGCCGAGUCGCGAACUCCUUCCGACUUCAACACCCUCAACAACAACCCUUCCCUCGCCAGGCCAAGCAGCAGCCCAUCAUUCCUCCUUCAACUCGGAACCAACUUCACGAUCUUGACGCUUUCGGAUUAUUCUGUCCUGGCCCGCAGCAGCUUCGAUUAGGCCCUUCGUACGCCUUACUUCCAAAAAGGUGCCUGUGCUGCCCGGGACUGCCUCCUUCCCAACACCAACUCGAGCUCCUUCCUCGUUCCUACCUCACCUUCCCGUCCCCCAUUCUCUCCCCAUUCCCACCACAAAAAGCUUUCCUCACCUUUCCCCUCCACAAUUCCUCCACAAACAAACCUCUCCCUCCACUGCAGAGAAGAUCUUCAUCAGCACUCUUCUUUGUGUCUCCCUCCCAAAUAAUCUUUCUCAACUUAUUGUCCGACGUCACGAUGUCUACACCUCCCUCCGCGGGUCUCACACCCAAGACCCCCAAGCGAAGCUCUCCUCCGGCUUUGAAGCCUCAUCACGAAGAGGAAAACAUCCAGCCUUCCAUCGAGUCAGCUGCCUCGGGUCUCCCUGCCUUCAAGCAGAAGCAAACCAUUGCAACUCUUGCUACGUCCAAACUUGCCAAUCAGAAUGUUCUCAAGGUUGGUUCUUCCUCCCGCAAUCUGCCGCUUCGCUCACAGCGGCGACAGAAGAAGACCAAUCAGGACACGAUUGCUGGCACGAACCCUAUGGAUAUGCUCCUUGCCAAGCUGUCUGAGCAGCAAGCUGCCCUCGAUCAACAGAACGAGGCUUUGAAGAACUCUGAUGAGAACAGCUUGUACUCCCGUCACUUCGACAAGGCUUCUUCGACGACGAACUCGGUCCCUAUCACUCCUGCCACGGACUCGUUCCCCACGACUGCGCCCACGAGUCGCCCAACCAGUGCCGCUCUAAAGGAGACUAACGGCAACGUGGACGAGCUCCUUCGACUGAAGAUGGAGCUUGCCCGAGCGCAGAACAAAAUCUCUCGCCUUGAUCACGAACUGGCCCAGUCGCGCUCGGUCAAGCAAGAAGAAGACAUCGCUCCGGCUCCGCCUGCGGCUCGUUCGGGGGCAUUCGGAGCUGAGAACGCCUGGCCUACCGACGACAACUCCUCGGAUAUCGGCGCCCCUUUCAUCAACAACUACAGUCGUCCCCGCCAUUGGAGCAACAAUAGAGCUCCUCUCUCCUUUGAUGCGGCUGCUCCUAUUUCCGACUCUGGUGGUGACUGGUAUGGUGGCGGACGUGGCGGCUUCAACCAGGGCUAUAUGGAUCCCGCUGGUCCGUACUCUAUGGCGGAUGGUUUUCGCAAUGAUCGUAUGAGCCAUGAACCCGAGAUGUACUCUCGGCCCCCUAGCAGUCGCCGAAACAACCGGUUCGACAACAGCCGCUGGCCGUCUCCUCAGCCAUACGGAGGAACCAACUUUGGACAUAACUAUGGCGGCUUCACUCCCUCUCCUGCUCCGUUCGACCCCAUGGGUGGUCCUCCUGGUAGCGCUUCAGGCAAUAUGGGCUAUCAAGGCUUCAACCAGCAGGGUCCAGGAAGUUCAUUGUCUCCCCAUGCAACUGAGUUCACCACUGGCGAUGGAUGGAAGAGCGAGGCCAUUGCCACGGAGGGCCAGACGUACCUGCCAACUACUGAGCCUCUCAACUACCGCCGCUUGUUGGAUCGGAAUGUCAAUUGCAACUGGAAGUACAUUGUGGAUAAGAUUGUCUGCAACAAUGACCAGCAGGCCUCCAUCUUCCUGCAGCAGAAGCUCAAGGUUGGCACUCCAGACCAGAAGUACGAGAUCGUGGAGGCAAUCGUUGCCCAAGCGUAUCCUCUCAUGGUCAACCGUUUUGGCAACUUCCUUGUACAGCGUUGCUUCGAGCACGGCACUCCAGAGCAAGUUGUUAAGAUCGCGGAAGCCAUUCGCGGCAAUACUCUCAAUCUGUCCAUGGAUCCCUUUGGUUGCCAUGUCGUUCAGAAGGCGUUCGACUCCGUCCCCGAGGACUACAAGGCUAUCAUGGUCCACGAACUUCUUCGCAGAAUUCCCGAGACCGUUAUUCAUCGUUACGCCUGUCAUGUCUGGCAGAAGCUCUUUGAGCUUCGAUGGUCCGAGUCCCCGCCUCAGAUCAUGAAGUUCGUCAAUGAGGCUUUGCGAGGCAUGUGGCACGAAGUCGCUUUGGGCGAAACUGGCAGUCUGGUUGUCCAGAACAUCUUCGAGAAUUGUCUCGAGGAAGAUAAGCGUCCCUGUAUUGAGGAAGUCCUUGCCAACAUUGACAUUGUGGCUCACGGACAGUUCGGAAACUGGUGCAUCCAGCACAUCUGUGAGCAUGGCGCUCCAGCGGACAGAAGCCGUGCGAUCGAUCAUGUCAUUCGCUACGCUGCCGAAUACAGCACUGAUCAGUACGCCUCCAAGGUUGUCGAGAAGUGCCUGAAGAUUGGAGGGGGAGAGUUCCUCAGCCGCUAUCUUGAUCGGGUCUGUGAGGGUCGCGUUGAUCGCCCUCGCAUCCCCCUCGUUGACAUUGCAAGCGACCAGUACGGCAAUUAUCUCAUUCAGUACAUCCUCACUCAUGCGGGUCUGCAGCACCGUGAGGUUGUCGCCGCCCACAUUCGCAAGCACAUGGUCUCUCUUCGAGGCUCCAAGUUUGGAUCUCGCGUGGGCAUGCUUUGCACCAACCCCGCUGUUGCUACUCGUCCCGGCCCCGGAGUUGGUCCUGCCAUGAACCGUAUGGGUGCUGGACCUCUUUCCCCUAAUUCCCUGUCACCCCAUUCGAUUUCCCUCAACUUUGACAAAGUCGUUGCACCACCUCAUUUGUCCGUGCUUACGAAACAUCUUCCUCGGCCAUUAAUUUACAAAUCAGCUGUCAUCCUACGCUCGGCAGGUUAUCACUUGUCUGAGUGCAUUGGACACUUCAUGGUUACGGAUUUUGCGAUAUGGAGCCAGAAUGCUCGCAUCUAUACAUGGCGGUUCAUCGACACAUCCACAUACCCCUUUGAUACUCCUUUAGUCUCAUCAAAAUUCAAACUGGACAACCCGGAGGAUGGCGAGGAUGGACAACUAGGCAAGCAUGGCAUAUCGGACCAAAAGUCAAAGACAAUGAUUUCCUCAACUGAGCAUUAG